AAUGGUCGCCCUGUUCUUCAACCAAAUAGCAACAUAGUUCCUUUUUUUGAACGUCGUAACUCCCUUAAAAAGUCACAUCCAACAAUAACUUUUGUUGUUGUAUUACAGCUUACUACCAGUGCUCCUCCUACUUCAAAUUGCAGUACUAAAGUUAAAAUUUUAGUAACAACUCCACCGAUCUCUCCUAAAAUGAAAUCACCUAGACAACCAGUUAUCAAAAGAGGUAAUAUUGAUCAUAAUGGCUUGACUUCAAGUGCUGAAAAUGUUUUGUCUCCGAAAGUCGAAGCUCUAGGAAGCAUAACAGUAGCAAGAAGGGAACAAGUUGCAACCGCGCAAGUUCAAAGAAAAAUAAAAAUUGCUCAUUAUGGAAGAACAAAAUCUGCCAAAUACGUAGGAAAAAUAUCUUAUUUUAACUCUUCCUCUCUUUCAGCAGCUAAUUCGAAUCCUCGAGAGGGAAAAAGGUGCAGUUUUAUCACGCCUAAUUCUGUUAAUUUAAACUCCUAUAGUUUUCCAAAAUGA